ACCACUGUCUAACCCUCGUAUGAUUUUUCAAUAAAAUGGUUACCCAAAUAUGCAAAAUUAUUGGUUACACACAAAAAACAAAGUUAUUGGAGUUGAUCAUUGCUAUAUUACCAGUACAAUCUAAAAGAUGUCUAUAAGGAAAGCGUCAAUUGGCGUUAUUUCAGGUCAGAGUAACGAGGCGCGAGAACGAAGCGGCCGAGUGGGGAGGGGUGGGAGAAAAGAGAAAGGAGGGAGAAGACGUCUUCCCAGCGCUCCAUUCUCUUCAAUACACCCCCUCCCCCUCCACCAACCUUGUUCCGCCUCGUUCUGGCGUUCUCGCUGCUUCGUCUCGCUUCGUCGCCUCGACUCUCUGGGUCCCCGAAGAAAGUUUAUUUUCAAGAGAUUCUUAGACAAGUUAUAUUCUUUUAAUGAAAUCAGUUUAUCUAUCGUCCACAAACAGCUCGGGAUGAGUAAUAGAAAAAAUGGAAAUAUUCGGCCACUAAAACUCUAGAAGCGCCGCUUUCAGAUUUAGGUAAAACACGAUUUUGGGUUUCCUGUGAUACAUCAAGGAAGGCCUGACUUGCCCUGACGUCUAUUGGUUUGGUUUAUUCGGUUUAUUUAUACUGUAUAAAUUGUUUCUUUUCGACUUCUAAAGUAAAAGUAAAACCGAACAAACGCCGAGAUGCCAUUACAGGCAGUCACAGUAUUUUGUGGUUCUAGCCUGGGAAAUAACCCAAAGUACGAAGAAGCCGCAAGAGCCCUUGGAAAAAGCCUGGCAGAGAAGGGUAUUGAGCUUAUCUACGGAGGUGGUAAUACAGGCCUGAUGGGAGUAGUCUCUAAGACAGUCCAUGACAAUGGCGGCAAAGUCACGGGGUUCCUUCCAGAGUUUUUCAUCACAAAAAGUCCAUCUUUAUUGGAGUCCAUUGGGAAAACAGUCAUUGUCCAAGACAUGCAUACAAGGAAACAAAACAUGUUAGACAAGGCCGAUGCCUUGAUAGCCCUGCCCGGAGGUUAUGGAACCGCUGAGGAGCUGAUGGAAAUGAUAACUUGGAGGCAGUUGAAACUUCAUAACAAGCCCAUAGGAGUUGUAAAUACCUGUGACUAUUACAAGGGCAUCAUUGAUUGGGUUAGCCAUGCCAAACAUAGUGGGUUUAUUGGAGCACAUGACAAUAAUUUUGCUAACAAUGGAAGUCUUUUCAUGGUAUCAGAGGACUGUGAUGAUUUGCUUCAGAGGUUGGCAGAGGAAUCUGACAAAAUACUGCAAAGCUAAUAGCAUUCAGAUGAUUGUAUGUGUGUACACUUUUCAUGCUCUGAAAGGUUUGCAGAAAGUAUCUAAGCUUUAUCUAGAAAGUGGAAAGGCAGACUGCAAUGAACAAUGUUGGCUGUUUUCACCAGCAAGGACAGAGAUGUUUGUACAGUUGCCUUUAGAGAUCUACUAUGUGCAAGAUCCACAAUUACCCUCUGUUGUAUUACUUCAUUUUCCUCGUAUGGGUAAGAUCGAGAACUUGAAUAAAGAAAAGCAGAAAAA